UUUCAGUUUUCUCCACUCCGAAAAGUGAAAAUCUCCUUGCUUUCUCUGAUCUUCACUCAACUCGAUAGCUAUGAAGACUGUUUUGUUACGAACCGGUUCCGGUUCAGUCCUGGCCCGGAGCUCGUUCAUUCCCGAUUCUCCUCGGAUCUCGGCUUCGCCUCGGGAAUCUCUCACCGGAGUGAAGAAAAGCGCUUCGUCGCCGAGACUUUCUGUGCAUUUCGAGCCCAACCGCCGGGGCAUACGUAGGACGUCCUCUGAGUCUGACGUCAUCCGAUCGAAGAUCAAAGCCGUUGCCGGAGCUGAGAAGUCGUUGUCUUUUCCGGAGAGAAUUCCUGAAGAAGAGUGUGCCAGUUACGACAACGACGAAACGUUUGUGCUCACUCGUAUUGGAUCCUUCAGUUUUUCGGAUGAUCUGAACAACUGCUUCGGAGACUGGCAGGAGAAUGAGAUUUCGGUGGAGGACGUUGGAUUUCCUGGCGGCGGAAUUGGUAAUAACCGGAAGUUCACCGGCGGCGGCGGCGGCCGAGACGGCAGUAACGCAGAUCCGAGCAAAAUCGGAGCGUAUUAUCAGGAAGUGAUCAAGUCAAACCCUACUAACUCUGUCCUCCUAAGAAACUAUGCUAAGUACUUGCACGAGGUGGAAGGAGAUACCGUAAAAGCGGAAGAAUACUACGGAAGAGCGAUCCUGGCAAGCCCCGGAGACGGAGAAGUUCUAUCCCUGUACGGGAAAUUGAUAUGGGAAACUGAACGCGACGAGAACAGAGCCAAAUCUUACUUCGAUCAAGCUGUUCAUGCUUCUCCCGACGACUGUACGGUGUUGGGAUCUUACGCGCACUUCUUGUGGCAAGCGGAGGAAGACGAUACCGCCGACGACGACUGCCGAGUAGAGAUGGUCGGAGCGUUAUAGAUUCCUCACUUAUUAUAACUGCUUUUGUAUUUGCUAACAUCUUAUCAAUUAACUGCAAAAUGUGUGAUAUGCUGUGUAUUUCGUUUGCUUAAUAAUAAUAAGCUAAGCUAAGUGAAUGGUGUUCAGUUGAUCUUCUA